AUGGCAACCACGACUCAAUACAAAAAUCCUGACUCUUCAUAUAUGAGAAACGGUAAUAGUCAAUCACAUCAUUCACCAAUUAUUAAUUAUAGAAAAGAUGCCAAAAAAGCAGUUAAAUUUACAUUUAUGGUAGUUGGAGAACUGGGAACAGGUAAAACUACUUUCAUCAAUAGUUUAUUGAAUAAAAAAGUUUUGAAUCAUCGAUAUGAAAAUGAUUUUACUAGAACUGCAGCAAAUGGAGAAACCAAAACAUUAACAUUUACGUCAGCAAAUUCAGUUGCAUUACCAAAUACUUCAAUGCUAACAAGAAACGAAUUUAAUGCAAAUACAAUUCACGAAGAACCUGGUAUAGCAUUAACUGAAACAAAAGUUGAAAUAAUUGAUGAUGACAAUUUGAAAUUAAUUUUGAAUAUUAUUGAUACACCUGGAUUUGGAGAAAAUUUAAAUAAUGAGUUAUGUUUUAUUGAAAUUGAAAAUUACUUAAAACAACAGUUUGAUUUGGUGUUAGCUGAAGAAACCAGAAUCAAAAGAAACCCGAGAUUUACGGAUACAAGAGUUCAUGUAAUGUUAUAUUUUAUAACUCCAACUGGUCAUGGAUUGAGAGAAAUUGAUGUACAAUGUAUGAAAAGAUUAUCAAAAUACGUAAACAUAAUACCGAUCAUUGGAAAAGCUGACUCAUUUACACCAAAAGAGUUGCAAUAUUUUAAACAACAAGUUAAGAAUGAUAUUGAAAAGUUCAAUGUACCUGUUUUUCAGUUUGAUAAUUUUUUAGAUGAAUAUGAUGAAGAGGAAGACUAUGAUCUAAUUCAAGAAUGUAAAUUUUAUGCAAAUUUACAACCUUUUGCUAUUAUAACUUCUGAGGAAACUUUUGAAGUUAAAGAUAAAAAAACUGGAGCUUUUAAAAUUAUAAAGGCUAGAAAUUAUCCAUGGGGAUUAGUCGACAUUAAUGAUACUAGUGUAAGUGACUUUCCAUAUUUAAAAUCUGUUUUAUUAGGAUCACAUUUACAAGAUUUGAAAGAUUUAACUCAUGACUUUUUGUAUGAAACAUAUAGAACUGAAAGAUUAACCAAUGUUACUGGUGGUGGUGUUGGUUUAGAUGAUGAAGAGUACGAUGAAGACAAUGAAUUCCAUGAUACCGUUGAACAUCAUCAAAAUGAAGAUAAAGGUAAUGGUGCAUUAGCCAACUCCACCAUUCCGUCAUUAUCCAAUUUAGCUCAACUAACAAAUACUCCGUUAUUAUCAAAUAAUAACAAUCAUGGAGGCUCAAAUUUUUAUGAUCAAGAUUCAAGGCGUUCAUCAAGUUCAUCAAUUAAAAAAUCAUCCUCAAUGUUGUUAGAUGACGAUCAUUCUUCAGCAUCAUUAUCAAAACAUGGAGCUACAUCAACUGCCAAUAAUCACACCCAUAAAAGCAGUUAUGAUUUUACACCAAAUACUUCAUCAAUAUCAAUAAAUGAAAGAGCACCAAAUAAUGAUGCCUUCAAAAGAUUAUCAAUUGGACCACAAAGAAAUCAAUUACGUCAAAUUUCAGAAACUGUUCCAUAUGUUAUAAGACACGAAAGAAAUAUAGAAAGACAAAACAAAUUAGAAGAAAUGGAAAAAGCAAGUGCAAAAGAAUUAGCAACUAGAGCUGCUCUUUUGGAAAAGAAAGCUCAAGAAUUAAAAUUAAAAGAAAGAGCUCUAAUGAAACAAUUGGAAUUGGCUAAACAAAAAUCUUUAAGUUCCGCAGCUUCUUCUCCUUCUAUAAGAAGACUGAAUUCAAAUGUUGAGAUCAUUAAUGAUGAUGAAGAACCGGGCAAUGGUAUACAAGGUAGAUCAUAUCAACAACAAGGUAAUGGACAUUCCACAAGUGUUAAUGAGGGUGGAAGUGGGUUACAAAAAGACGAAACUUUGACUGAUAUACAUUCUAUAGUCAGUGAGAAAACUCACCAACCUCAUCAUCAACAACAACAAGCUCAAGCUCAUCAACAUCAACAAUCACAAUAUAAUCAGAACGAAUAUUAUCACCCUCGUUAA